CAGCACAGCAGACCCCUUAGUUGCAUUUUAUCACUGUUCAAUAGAUGAAACUUAAGGUUUUCAGGAUAUUGGAAUGUAGGAUAGAGUCCUUCUGGUGAGUUGAGACUCGAAAACUAAAAAUUCAUUGAGUCUCCUUGUAGGGACAGAGGUAAAAAUGCCUAGAUUUCUCAAAUGCAAGUUUAGAAGACCCAGGUAGUUUGAUGUGCACUGCAUCACACAGAGUUGGGGGAAUGGGAGUGGGGGGCAACUCCUGUAUCCUCUCCUCCCAUGUUAAUUGUUGGGUGUGUGUGCUUCCUUGACUUUUUCUAUAUUUAUAUAAAAUUAUAUACUUGUACGUGCCUAGAGAAGAAUGCAGAAGGCUACCUACCCAGCAGUAAAUGGUGGGGGUUGGAGACGCUUAUUGGCAUUUCUUCAUCUGUAUUGCUACCAACAUCUGUACAUAUGUGGACGCCGACUUUGUUUGCGAACCACUGAGUUCUGGGACCCAACCUUCCAAUUCCCAGCUUACAACCCUUCCACGCCCAGGUGCUACAGCCCUUACCUGUUCUAGUUCCCACCUGCUGAAGGCUGGACCUGCUGUUGCCAGCUGCCUUCCUCCUGGCUCCCGUUCCCAGUAUGAAAAUGGGUAUUUGAACAAGUGGCAGGACCAGAAAGGAAGGUCUGGCAAGCCCCUGAUCAGAGUUACUCUGAUCUGAAGAAUUUGGUGUUCAAAGCAUUAAGAUAAUAGCCUCAGUUGUUCAUGGAGUUUUUCAUCAGUAUGUCUGAAACCAUUAAAUAUAAUGACGAUGAUCAUAAAACUCUGUUCCUGAAAACGCUAAAUGAACAACGCCUGGAAGGAGAAUUUUGCGAUAUUGCUAUCGUGGUUGAAGAUGUGAAAUUCAGAGCACACAGAUGUGUUCUCGCCGCCUGCAGCACCUACUUUAAAAAGCUCUUCAAGAAGCUUGAAGUUGAUAGUUCUUCCGUAAUAGAAAUAGAUUUUCUUCGUUCUGACAUAUUUGAAGAGGUCUUGAACUACAUGUACACAGCAAAGAUUUCUGUGAAAAAAGAAGACGUUAACCUAAUGAUGUCAUCAGGGCAGAUUCUUGGUAUCCGAUUUUUGGAUAAACUCUGUUCUCAAAAGCGUGACGUGUCCAGUCCUGAUGAAAACAACGGCCAAUCCAAAAGUAAGUAUUGCCUGAAAAUAAACCGCCCCAUCGGGGAUGCUGCUGACACCCAGGAUGACGACGUAGAAGAAAUUGGGGAUCAGGAUGACAGUCCUUCUGACGACACCGUAGAAGGCACCCCCCCGAGUCAGGAGGACGGCAAGUCGCCCACGACCACGCUCAGGGUUCAGGAGGCGAUUUUGAAAGAGCUGGGCAGUGAGGAAGUCCGGAAAGUAAAUUGCUACGGCCAGGAAGUAGAAUCCAUGGAGACCCCAGAAUCAAAAGACUUGGGGUCCCAGACCCCUCAAGCCUUAACGUUCAAUGAUGGGAUGAGUGAAGUGAAGGAUGAACAGACACCAGGCUGGACGACGGCUGCCAGUGACAUGAAGUUUGAGUACCUGCUCUACGGCCACCAUCGGGAGCAGAUCGCCUGCCAGGCCUGUGGCAAGACAUUUUCGGAUGAAGGCAGGCUGAGGAAGCACGAGAAGCUGCACACGGCGGACAGGCCAUUCGUCUGCGAAAUGUGUACAAAAGGCUUUACCACGCAGGCCCACCUGAAAGAGCACCUCAAAAUCCACACGGGGUAUAAGCCCUACAGCUGUGAGGUGUGUGGCAAGUCGUUUAUCCGUGCCCCGGACUUAAAGAAGCAUGAGAGGGUUCACAGCAACGAGCGGCCCUUCGCGUGCCACAUGUGCGACAAGGCCUUCAAGCACAAGUCCCACCUCAAAGACCACGAGAGACGACACAGAGGGGAAAAGCCUUUCGUGUGCGGCUCCUGCACCAAGGCCUUUGCCAAGGCGUCGGAUCUGAAAAGGCACGAGAACAAUAUGCACAGUGAAAGGAAGCAGGUGACCCCCAGUGCCAUGCAGAGCGAGACAGAGCAGCUGCAGGCGGCUGCCAUGGCGGCCGAGGCCGAGCAGCAGUUGGAGACGAUAGCCUGUAGCUAAGGUCCGGGACGGGGGACACUGCCCAAGAAGCGGACAGUGAGGUUACCUUGGUCCCAGCAAAUGAGUGCCAGUCACUGUACUGUUGUGGAAACUUGCAGAACAUUGUACUCGGUGGACUCGAGAUAGUGCUUGGUUAGAUAUUUUUAAAAACUUUUCAAGGAAACAUGUUCCUAGAUUCUGACCAAACAGUUUUCACCGUCUUGUCUGGGGUCUAGUAUUAAUGUUGCCAGAAGACUUUUUUGUUGUUGUGUUUUCUUUUUUUUUUUUAAAGUAAUUUUAAUUUGAGAGUUCCUGUGUCCAGUUUAGAAGUGAGGGACUUCUGUUCCAUUUUUAAUACUCUCCACUUGCCACCCUGGUGAGUGUACUGUACAGAGUGAUAACUGAGUAAAUUGAUCUCUUAAUCAUCACACUUAUUUAUGUGACUUGUGGUUGAAACAGCAUUUUAAUAACUUAAUAAGGAUACUUCAGAUAGGUGCAGAAAAUAUUGGUGGGUGGUUUAUCAAGAACACUGCACAGAUAUGAAAAUCAGUUCUGAACAUGCAAUUAAGGUAUUAAAUUUAUAUUUUGUUUAAUUUUGUAUCACUAUUUCUCACUGUUUGUGAGGAGACCUGAUGGUUGCUUUGCUGAAGUGUUGCUUCAUCUGUCUUGAUUGCCCAGUACCUAUCCUAAAACAGGUAGUCUCACAUGUCACACAGGCUGAGCUAGCCCACAAGGAUUUUGGGUAGUCUUACAGCCAAGUUCUUAUGUUUCUCUUCUUUUCGGGCAUUACCACCUCUGCAACAGAGUGAGGUUUGUGGAGUGGAAUAGGAACCUGGCUCUUAGAGAUAAGGUUUUCAUGUGUGCCAUGAUUCCAAGAUUUUGUCGAUCGAAAUAAUUCUUAAUUGAUUUUGAAAUUGCAUUUUUAUUUAGGAUCAAAAUUAGGACAAGAACAGAUUUGCUUCUUCAAGUAACAUUUGUCUAACUUAAGAGAAUGGCCUUCAAGUUUUGGGCUCUCUGCAGCACAUAAUUUAUCCAUAAAGGAGAUGCAGAUGUUUAAUUAAAUUACUGAAUUUAAGAUCUCUAUAAGUGUGUAAAUAGUAUAGAAUUGUUGGUCAUAGUAUUUCACGUAAAAGUAGGCAGCUGCACUUUUUUUGCACAUUGAAUUCAGAUAAUUUCCAACAGCAACAGACAGCAGACUGUUUUAACCAGUAUUAAAGAUUGUCAGACCAAAUGUUUAUGUUUUUGAAGUAUUUUUCAUCACUGGUUACAAUUUUAGUUGAUUGCCUUUUCAUAGCCAUAAAUCAGAAUCACAAUUCUGUUCCAGUUUUGGUGUACAAAGUUUUCUUUUAACCAUUUCUUUAGGAAUAUAUUGAAAUGCCAACAAUAGUUUGAAUUAUGUUCUGUAAUAAAGUAUUAAUCCAUUAUGUUAGAAUAUGUAAAAUUUUAGAAAAAUGUCCAUUUUUUAAUUCAUUUUCUUUUCCUAGAAUUUUUUUUUUUAAGAUACAUUAAAGUAAUUUCAUUUCAUAGCUUGUUUGUAUUAACACCUGUAAUUACUUUUGUGGGAGAAAUUUUUUUUAAAUUGGUGUAUAUGUUAUGCCCAAGAUUGUAGGAUGAAGAUGCUACUUUUUUUUUUUUUAAUUAUUUAUUGGUAAAAUGUUUAAUUUAGUUUAAAAUUAAUUUAAUUUCUUUUCUCAAAAGUUGUUUAUUCUGUAUGAAAAGUAGUCCUGUCACUGUGUUUAUAGGCUAUUCAUAGAAGGGGAACUGGCUGCUGUUCCUAGGCUGUUUUAACCAAAGCAAGGGAAAAAUAAUUUAACAUCCUGUCAAUAGCUACUUUAACAAACCAUUUUUUGAGCCUUUGUUUUUGUAUAUAAAAGAAAAUAUACUUGUA